AUGUCAAAAUCAAAAACAAGAUCAAAACUUCUAUUUCUCACCUGUUGCGAAGCGGGUCAAGCGAAUAUCCAAUUAUCGGUUAUCGAUAAACUCCAACAUCUUCAUGGUGAAGAUCUAUAUAUUUACUUGUGUUCGUUCGAAUCGCUCAGGAAAAGAUGUCCGGACAAUGUGACAUUCUUGACGGUUAAGGGGAAAGGAAUAAUCCAGCAUUUUUUGGAUAAAUACGAUGAUAGUGAGAUUGAUAAUGGGAGACAAGGGGGCCUCCUCAAACACUUAUUCACUCCACCGGGUUUCUGUGGAGCCAUCAAACUCGCUUUAUCAAUGACCAGUAUCCUCCAUGCGGAGGAGCCAUCGGAUUACGUCUACUAUGCUCAACUGUGCGAACAGAUCAUCGCUGAUCUCGAUCCCGAUUUCAUCGUUUGCGACGCAGUGUUCGAACCUGGUAGAGAUGCUAUAAUGAAAUUGGCAAGGAAGUGUAUACUCCUCAGUCCGAAUACUUUCAAAGAUCUGGCGACUGCUCAACAAGGUAGAGAUGUCUUCAAAUGGCCCUGUCCCGGAACAGGUUAUCCAUACCCUCUUCCAUGGUAUCUCCGACCCCUCAACACCCUCUCAUUCAUAUUUUUCGCCAAGUGGGUUUUGGAGUACGACGGGCGACAUCGACUAUUCAACAAAGUAAGAAAUCAAUCCGGUUUCAAAGGGAAACUACCAAUGUUUCAAAAUAAAUCUUCGCUUCAAACGAAUUUCUUGUGCGUAUCAACUGAGAAAGUUGAAAUUCCGGGUAAAAUUCCAAAAUGGUUGAAAUGCUGUGGACCAAUACUUUUACCUGUCAAACCUUUAGAAAGUAUUGAUAUGGAUUUAUAUAAAUGGGUGAUGAAAAGACCUACUGUGUUGAUUGUUUUGGGUACUCAUUAUAAGACUUCCCAAGAAUUCGCCAAUAACAUGUUGAUCUCCAAAUACGGUCAUUUCGAUAUAGAUGAAGGAUCGCGUAAAGAUCAAGAAGAUAGAUUGAAGAUUGUCGAUUGGCUUAAACCAGAUCCAUUGGCGAUAUUGAAAACUGGUAAUGUGAUUUGUUUCGUUAAUCAUGGUGGGAGUAAUUCGUACCAUGAGGGUUUAGCUACCGGAACACCUCAAAUCCUCAUGCCUGCCUGGGUAGACUGUUAUGAUUUCGCUGGAAGAUUGUCUUACUUCAAUAAUGGAGUAUGGGGUAAUGCCAAAGCUGCUCCCGGUAUCUCUCAACCUGAAUUCACCAAAGCUCUCCUUAGGGUAGUGGGAGCCACCCCAGAUGCUCCUGAAGCUCAGAGAAUGAAAGCUAGGUGCAAGGAAUUGUCUUAUAUUGUCACUGAGAAUGGGACAAGGGAGGGAAGUACUAUUGCCGCCCAGAGUAUCUGGGAGGAAUUGCAACUCGAAUUGAAUAAGAAGAAAUGA